AUGAAUGUAAAGUAUCUCUGGAUCGACAGCUUAUGUAUUCUACAGAGUUUUGCGGAAAUAACACCCAGCGAACUUGAAGAUACUCGGCAUGACUUUGCCCUAGAGAACUCCAAUAUGGCGAGGACAUAUCAGAAUUCUCACUUCACCAUCUCCGCCGAUCUCUCAAACCACAUGGACAGUGGUUUCUUUUCCAGAGAUCCCGUUCAAGAGUACAAAAGGGAUGUCAUAACUGAUGACAGCAGUGUAGCUUCUGUAUACAUCAGGAAGCCCCUCAACCACUACCAAGAGGCUAUCCCAAGUUUGGAGACACGCGGCUGGACUCUUCAGGAGUUCCUUCUUCCACCGCGUGUGCUUCACUUUGGUGUAUUUGACAUCACGUGGAGAUGCAAAACACACAUUACUUGCGGAUGCGGGCAUCUAGAUCGACGCAAGAGGCAACAGGCGGCCUGGCAUCGAUAUCAUUUCAUCGAAAGAGCUGCCAGACCUCCCCCGGACAAUGAAACAAGGGCUCUCGAGUGGUGGGAGCAAGUAGUCCAUGAGUACACGAGCCGCCAACUAACCAACGGCUCUGAUAAGCUUCCAGCGCUGUCAGGCCUAGCACAGCAGCGGAAGCAAGUCAGAGGGGGUGUUUACCUUGCAGGACUCUGGCAGGACACUCUUAUCCAUGAUCUCUGCUGGUACCAUGUCUCGAAUUACAACGUCCCCAGAUCCGGUGGUGUAGGCCACAGACCUGGGUACUAUCGUGCACCUUCGUGGUCCUGGGCUAGUGUUGAUACUGAUUCUGGCUGUAGCUGGUGGUGGAUCGGGCCAAUCUUGCUUCACUCACUUAUGGUCGGCGAGGAGCCGCAGCAAGCAUGUAAUAUUGUCCAAGCUAGCUGUGAACCCUCGACGAGUGAUUCCACAGGCGAGGUUCGGAGUGGAUACCUGGAUAUAAAGACGUCGCUGGCAUCAGCUGAGAUAACCCAGGAUCCUGGAGGACAAGUCUUGUGGACUAUUCACAAUCUUGACCCCUCGCUUAGGCUGGAGUUCUUCAAGCCUGAUUGCGCACUUGAGGACGAUGAUCUGAACUUGGGGGAUCGAAUCUUUUGUGCUCCGAUUGCUGGUAUCGAGAUUAGGGAUCGAGUGGAUUGUGCUUGUCUGGCUUUGAAACGGAUUGACGGCGAUGUGUAUCAACGAGUUGGGUUCUGCACUAUCAGUGGAAGUCCAGACCUUCGAUGUCGCCCCGAAGGUAUUAUAGAACCAGAACUGGAGAACUUUGCGUGGCCGGGCAAUGAACAAACGCAGAUCAGGAUUAUAUAA